AUGGCUCGAGCGAGAGUCCUCCUCUUCUUCUUUCUUUGGUCGAGUGCGUGGAUGGUGGAGGCAGUCAAGUUCUUGCCCGAACAAUACCCUGAAGAGAUCACGCUGGAAACAGGAAUUCUAAUCUCGGCUCCCUUUGCCAUGCUAGACGAGAGAGGCAAUAUCCAUGGUCUCAUGAUUGACUUGAUGGAAAGCCUCCAGCAGUUUGCCAAGGAAGACAGUGUCAUCCUGACCUUCCAGCAAUCGCUCGUCAAGGCGACGUACUUCGACGCUCUCAAACUGGUAGACACAACCGAAUGCGAGAAGAACACUACCGUAUGCAAAGACAAAAAGGACCUCCUCGUAGCAGACUACUACGGCAAUCCGGAGCGUCACGCUCAAGUGGAUUUUACGGCACCUUGGGCCCGUUCUUCCAUCUCUGCCAUGAAACUCAAAGAAGCAGAACCUGGUGCUGUAGAAAUCAACACUAUAGCUCAAGCCGACCAAUUGCGUGCACCUGUAUGCCUCUUGAGUGGAGCCUACAACAUGGACGUGGCUCGGCAAAAGUUCCCAAACCUCAACUAUUUGGAAUGCGGUGGAUAUCCGGACUUUUACAACGAUUGUAUAGCCAGGCUGAAAAAACGAGAAUGUUCCCUGUUUGUGGAUGACGAACUCUUAUUGCGCUAUCAUGCCAGCAAUGAUCCAACCUUGGAAGUGACAAACGAGCAAUUCAAUUUCCUCUAUUUACAUUGGCCCAUGAGAUAUGACUUGGAACCGGUAGUCUCAUUUCUGUUGAAAAAGUGGGUGUUUCAUGCGAUUGUGAACGCCACUCUGGAUCAGCUGUACUUUCAGUACUUGUCACCGUGGGGGUCGCUUUUCUAUCCGCUGGACGGCGAUGAUUGCUCGAUUGAAGUCCCAGAAGAUGUCAACUUGAUUCCUCGGUCCCUCAAAGCCAUCGCAUACGUCAUGGUUGCCCUCAACCUGCUGGUCAUUGCCAUCUGUGCGGCAUGGUUGGUUUGGCAACGAAAGAGUGCUCAAGUUCGCGCGAGUCAGCCGUGCUUCUUGAUGUUGGUACUCUUAGGAUGCAUGAUUAGCUCAUCUACAAUCUUGGCCAUGGCCCGGGAGGACGAUGUGGAUGCUUCGAGAACAGACGACAACGACGACAUCGACACGGUGCAGUGCAUGUGGAUACCGUGGCUGUACUCCGUUGGGUUCUCGGUUACAUUUGGUACCCUGUUCGCCAAGAUUAGGCGAGUCUAUGUUACCUUUCUCCAGCUUUCGAAAGAGAAUGUGGUUGUAUCUUCCUCCCCGACCGGAAGGAACUCUGCCGUCACUUGGCAAGAGACGCUUUUAAUCAUUGGGAUGGUGCUCAUGGUAGAUGUAGCAAUUUUGGUUGCUUGGACAAUCACAGAUCCAUUGGUCUGGCAUCGAGAGGUCAUACGGUCGGAUCAGUUUGGGGCGCCCAUGGAAUCCUUGGGCUAUUGUAUCAGCGACUCAUGGAAAGCCUGGGGCGCUGCUAUGGGUGCUUUACAUCUCAGCCUUCUUGGUGUAGCUUGCUAUAUGUCCUACCGGGCCAGAGAUAUCCCGACCAUGUACCAGGAGGGGAAGUUUGUUUCCAUUGCCAUGAUAUCCAACCUCCAGAUCUUUGUUGUAGGAGUUCCAAUCCUCAUCAUCGUGGGAAACGAUCCACAGACUGCCUUCUUUGUUCGCAGUGUCAUUAUAUGGAUGGGGGAGAUGCAGAUCCUGAAAUCAGAGCCCACCAGAGGACGAGGAGUCAGCCAGAACGAGGUUGGAAAUGUAUGCCCAGCCUGUUUGUCGACGAACGAAAUUGGAGCUGGAAAAUCAAAGAGACCACUUUUGGUGCCUGCUGCGAGACGAGACCUUGUGUCGUCACUCACAAUGAUCUCUGAGGUUCCUGAACUCCUCUUUCAACCCGAAGAACGAGACAAUAUGAUAUCGUCAUUGUCCGCGGGAUCGUCGCAAACGGAGAAAAAGCUCUCCAGGGGUGUGGGUUUUCACAUGCCACACUUCUCCGAAGGGGAUGACGAAGAUGACGAGGAGACGCUUCCCUCUUUCCCUGGUGAUCGCAGACAGCACUUAUUUGCCGUUUGGGAAGGAGUACGGCGUCGUCACAGUCACGAUUCAGCCUCCUUGGCAAGCUUUAGCGUAUGUGAUUCUCGAGCAUCUCCUCCACGGCACCAUCCCGGCAUUGCAGCAUGGCAAACUGCUCGACAGCAACGAGAUAACGACUCAGCGACAAGGUCUGCUGGUAGUUGCGACUCGACAGCCAACGUCACUCCAUCUUCCCACACCGGUUCGUCAAAUCCUCCAUAUCGGCGUCGUCGCAGCUUUGAUUCCGCCUGCCUUGCCAGGAUCGACUCUAUAUCAGGAGUAACACAACCACGACGUUACUACGGAAAAGCCGAAACCGAUUCACUUGCGUCAUCGUCUGUGGGUCCGCCCCGCCACCCUGGAAUUGCUGCAACAAGGCACCACGUUAUUGCCGCGCAAGCUGCAAGACAACACCACAAUGAUGCACUUUCAAGCCCCCAAAAGAGCCUGAACUCUGAAGGGCCUUCAGUGAAUCAGUCCGCGGAAGGGCUUGAUGCAAGUGCUGAAAGGUUUCAGAGUGGACGUCGCUCUUCUCUAGUGCCUCCAAGCGCUCCGAGUCGACCCUUGCAUCUGUCUAGUGUCGACGACGAAACAUCCCUUGACUCGGAAGUUCAGGAAACGAUCACUGUGGGAGAGAGACCAGGAGUGGUUCUGCCGCCUUUGCCAACACUCGGAAUUACAAAGGCUGCUUCCCAAAAGACAGUUCCAGACAAAACACACUUAUGCAUAAAGAAUCGGCCCCCAAGGCUCCCCAAACGAAUGUUGUCGUCGCCAGAAGGAUCUCUUGGAAGCAACAAGCCAGCGUCUGGGCAGCCAGUGCCAGACCAGACUUCCUUGAGGCACGCUGUUGCGUUCCUAAAUCAGCCCCCGGAGCUUCCUGAAAGGAUGGUGUCAUUGGCAGAUGGAUCACUUGGAAGUAUAACUUAA